AUGAACUAUAUUUUGCCUUUGAAAUUCGUUGAAAAAUAUGUUGAAGAUGUUAAGCGACAGAAAGAGAGAGAGAAAUUGGCGAGAGCAGCUAAGAGAAAACUUGAAGCAACUGAUGAAUCAGAUGAGGAAUGUACCCAAAUAAACCAUAAGCAAGAUGACGAUGCUGAAGAGUUUGCAUGCUUGUACUGUAACGAGCUCUACUCUUGGUCGAAAUCCAAAGAGCUGUGGCUUAAAUGUCAGCUAUGUAGUUUGUGGGCCCAUGCUGCUUGUGCAGAUAAAAGUGAAAAAACCAAACAUUUCAUUUGCCUUUGCGAAGAUGACUGA